AUGAAAAAUCGGAAACUUGUCAACAUCCAAAAAAUUCGCGUGGACGGGAGAAAUAAGAUAUCGAAUCAGGGCAUUGUCGCUUUGUCCACAGUCCUGUCGGAUCCCACAUGCGUACCGAAACUUGGCACGCUGGAUUUAGGUGAAGACAAAACCCUUGAUUUGAUAGGAGCGAAAGCUCUUAGGGACGCAUACAGACAGAAUCCAAAUUUGACGGUGUUUGUGAAUGUAUCUUGGCACGACGAAUCCUUAAAAAUACAAAUGGAGGAGCAGAGACUGCACAACAUGCGCGGAGAGGAGUUAAAACUGGAGGACGAGGAGCAAGUAGUUCCGCGCAUGGCCAAAGUAUUCUUAUGUGGAUAUGAGAAGGUGGGAAAAACCACACUGAGGAGAUCGAUGGAGAGAAACCUUCUGAAGUCCUUCAUCACGUGGGAACGCAGGCCUAAGUUUCAUGAGGAGCCGCGCACCCGAGGAAUAGAGUUGUCUGAGGCUUCUGGUGAAGCUGGAACCGCGGAAGAAGAGCUGACACUUAUUCUGUGGGAGUUAGCUGGCCAGCAAGAGUUCCAUGUGAUGCACGGGGCCUUACUCUCAGACCUCGGACUGGCAUCCGGCAAGGCUACAACUUUCGUGCUGGUCUUUCGUGCUGAUUUAGUAAAGCUGCCAGAAGCUGCAAAGAGUGAACGUGAGCUGCGCUACUGGCUCAGAUUCAUCGCGGCCGGGUCUGCGAAGGGGAUCAAGCGCCACUUGGUCUUAGCUCUGAACUGCAUAAAUUCUCGAAUCCAUGGCGGUGUUGAAGCUGAAGAUUUCAACCGUCAGAAGACUUUCUGGGGCAGUCUUCUGAAAGAUGUAGGCAAAGCGUUCUCUGAUUCGCUCGACAUCCACUCGGAGCCUAUUGUAGUCGAUGCAAGAUCGAGAAGGUCUGUCCAGAAGCUGAAGCAGCACCUGCUUUCCAAAGUCGAAAAUGCUCUCAAAGAUGUCAAGAUACCCAAAGUAUGCUUGGAAAUUCAUGAGUUUCUGCUCGACUGGAAGAGUAAGCAUAGCAACUUCCCUGUCCUCAACUGGACAUUGUUCAGCCAGAUGAUGGAGAAACGAGGUAUCAAAGCCGACAAAUUAGACGCGGCCACUGCUCACUUGCAAGAGUCAGGGUGCAUCAUCUACUACAGGAAUUCUCCGGUUGGGAAGGAGACCGAUAGAUUUGUCGUCGCAGAUCCGGAAUGGUUCGCCAAUAAAGUCAUCGGCGAAAUCCUCCUACCUGAGCAAAUGCUAGCAGCUAAGCAGUCGUCCCUAUCCCAAAUCGUGGGACGCGACGGAUCUCUCAAACGCUCUAUUCUCAACAGCCACUUCCAAGCAAAAACCGAUGAUCUAAUUGGCAUGCUCGCCAAGCUGGGGUUGUGCUACUAUGUGGGAGAGGAGAGAUUUUUGAUGCUGGGGUCGUGCCUCGAUGGGGAAAGAGUUUUCAUCCCGGCUCUGAUCCGAGAGGACAAUCUGAGCAAGUGGGAGAGGGAGGGAGUGCAGUGGGUCAUGGGGCGAUCUCUCCAGCCCAGAGAGGAGGACAAGGGCUUCAUUCCCUUGUUCGUGUUCAGGAAGCUGCAAGUCCUUCUGGCUCAGGACAAGAAAUUCGGGCUCCAAUUUCACAGCGACUACUGCGCCGGCAAGACGUUCUCGUUCUUCAAGGUCGGAUCUCAGAUGGUUCUCGUGCAGUUCGAUGUCGAUGAAUCCGACCCAGGGGACGAUCGGAUCGAUGUGUUCGUCAAGCGCAUGGUCAAGCAGGUCGAUUUCGUCAAUGGGGUCGAAGUCGAGGACCACUCGUACCACACGGACCUCGAUCUUGUUAUCGAGAUUAUGAACCUGGUCGAGGGCCUGUGCGUCCAGACCUGCCCCAGCGUGGAACUGGAACGGAAGGCCAUCGGGCCCUGGCGUGCCGACCGUGAAACAGUCCCCAUGGCCUACAGGAAGCUGAUCCCUGUGGACGAGCUGAAGAUGCACGUUCGCAAGCAUGGGCUGCACAGUUCCACCACCAUGACGGUCGAAACAGUUGGAUUGCAGAGUGGUCAGCUAUUGUCCGCGUCCGAGCUCGAGGCCAUCCACUCCAGUGUGAAGGAGAGCAUUCUGAUUGCCCAGUCCGACAUCAAGAAAUUCGAUCUGCUGCCCCCGAGCUCGCUGCCGGUGGCAGAUGAGACGGAAGAGGCCCUCAAGCAGGACGAGACUCAGGGCGAUACGGAAAAAAUCAUUUUCGUGAUUCGGGAGGAGGGCCACCGAAUGAGAGAGCACAUCGACCGAAAAUGUGAGGAGCUGCAGAAGAAGUUCGACAAGGCGUUCGAGUGCCAGAAGAAGCUUCUGAACCAGAUCCUGGCUUUGAAUCGCUACUCCAUCGAGGAGAAAGAGAACUGUUAUCCUAGGUACAUCUUCCUCGCCAAGGAAGACGAUUCCCGCUUCUACCUCUCGGCCCGACAGGCAUUUCACGAACGCUUCCGAAUGCAUCUGCUCUGCGAGUGCGACUACAGUGACGGAGUUCCUCACCAUGUCGAGAAGCAAGAAGGUCUCCAGAUUAAGAACAUGAGAGAAUGGCUGCGUAAAGUUGAACCAUGCCUCUCUUGGACCUUAAAAGUGACCCUCAUCACGGCUAAAAUCGUCGGUAAUAUUGUCAGUCCAGGACUCGGUUUGCUCCUUCCCAAGUGGGAAGGUGGUGACACCUCGAAAAUGGCAGAUGGGGUCGAGUGGGUGGCCAAGGGAGCGCAGGACUCUACAUCGCAGUCAUUUGCCGAGGGAGCGCAGGAAACUUUAUCGCAAGUCAGUCUUGACAGUCUUGGUCCCAGGGAAUCUGUGAAAGAACUUUCAGCAACGCUGGUGAUGGACAGUAUAAGAGAAUUGGGAUCCGCUGUGUUCUAUGAGAAAAUAAAAUUGAGACGUGUAGAGUUGUCAUCAUCGAAGGAAUCAGAUCCGUAUUCUAAAACUGUCGUGUGGAUGUGCGAUGAAUGCUUUAACUGUUACCAACCUACUGGUCGCGUCAGAGACAUCACAAAUUACUUUGAAAGGGUAAAGCCGUCUGCUUCUGUCUGGCUUUAG